AUGGCUGAUGCGGAAGAGCUCCCUUCCCUGAAGGAUUUGUUGGAGGAGAUCAGCACAGCACGCGAGACCGCUCGAGUGCAGUGGCGGCAGAAUCUCAGGAAGUCGCGGCAGGUCCCGGGUGCCUGGGCAGAUGCGAAUGCCCUGCCGCGCCAGCGCACAAACUGGCGCUUCGAUGCUGCCAGCUUCAAAGAUGAGCUGCGCGCGGUCGCAAAGCGCUUCCGACUGCCACUGCGACGGGGGCCCUCGCGGAAGCCUCUCGAGGCGCCAAACAUGAAGAUCCGAAGCCCUCGCGAGAUCGCUCCGUUCAUCCCGCUGCUCGAGCCACACCUCAACGAGUGGGACGCCUCCAGGGCAGCGCUUCCCCAGCGCCGAUUCCCACUGAUGGGCUUGGGACGGUCUCAGGGCGAGACGUAUGCAGGAUGGCCCAACAAUGGCCAACAGGCUCGCUUAGUCACGCCUGGGAUCCCUGGAAAGGCUUUGAAAGUACUUGAACUCUCGAGAGUCAGCCCGGGCCUGAAAACUGCCGGGAGUUCUGCGGAGGCGGGGAGAGGUGUGCAAGAGCCCCAGACGCAGGCCGUGACGGGGGGCCGUUCGGAGGCUGCGAAGCAGCCGGGCCUCUUCAGCUUCCUCGGGGACGAUGCAGGUCAGUAUGCACUAAUCGUCACUGACCGCCUUGCGCACUUCACCAUCGUCGAGGCUGGGGGUGGUGCCGGAACCAUGCUUCCCCUGGUUAGGAAGUGUGGCGUGCCUGGGAGUGUAGGAAAAGCCCGCGAUGUCCCUCAUGCAGCGACCAAGAUCGUACACGGCCGCGACGCAGGGCAGUGUGUCUGGAGGUGGCAGGUGAGCAUUGGCGAUGCCAGCAUGGGCCAGUUCUGUGGCGGAACGCUGAUCGCGCCGCGUUGGGUGUUGACAGCGGCUCACUGCAUCUCUGACAUCCGCAGUGCCUGCAAAGUGCGUACUUUGAAGAUAGGAGCCGGCACUUGGAAGCGUGAUUUCCAGGUGGAGGUGGAUGCUGGCAUGGGCGUCGAGCGUUUUGUGAAAAAGAUCUUCCGGCAUCCGAUGUACGAACAUAAUGUCGCGAACGACUACGACUUCGCGUUGCUGCACCUUGACAAGGCGGUUCCGCUGAAUGAGUGCAUUGGGACGGCCUGCUUGCCCACGGCCGAGGGCAGGGGGGGCACGGAGUGUCUCAUCACGGGCUGGGGCACCAUUCGCAGCUCCGGACCCACCCCAGACGUGCUGCAGGAAAACCCGAUACCAAGGAGGAUUGUCGACAAGUUGCUACCGGUUGCGCCCCCGUGGUCCAUGCUCUGCGCGUCUGGCCACGCCGACGGUGGUGUCACAGACACAUGCCAAGGCGACAGCGGAGGACCUCUGGUGUGCGAAGAGGAAGGCCGCUUUGUGCUCCGGGGAGUCACGUCCUGGGGUCAGGGCUGCGCGUAUCCCAACUUUCCCGGUGUCUACGGCCGCGUGCACAGUGUCAUGUCCUGGAUCCGGGAUGUCAUGUCCGACAAAGUGGAGAAGGCUUACGUGGACGACGAGGACCCAGAUAUCUCGCACAUCAAUUUCCAGGGGGCCAUGUGGUCCGUGGUCAGCGGCCCAUGCCGUGUAGAUGCGGAGAAAUGCCUCACAAGUCCUGGGUAUCCUGGUGCCUAUGGCAAUGCCCAAUCCUGCAAAAUUGCGGUGGACCCUUCUGCAGCCAAGCCCAUACGGGUGGAUAGCUUCGAAACGGAGGAGUACUACGACGUGCUCCAGAUCAACUGCCGGACAUUCUCCGGCACCUUGGGGCCUAACGGGACGCCUGAUCCAACUGAGCCCCGUGAUCUUUCGUGGCAAGCACCGGGUUAA